AAUGCUACAAUCUUCAGUCACCGCUAAGAAUAAACCUCUCGACAACAACGCUGUGUCAACCCAAAACACUCCAGAAACUACAUUGGGAAGAUGACCCAGUAGAAUGACCUCACACGAGAGAGUCUAUAUAAGUUAGAGUAAGCAGGCUACCGCAGAGUCUGGAUAUUAACCAAGGAGGCUACUAGCUCAGGGUUUGUGCAAGAGCUACAACCAUGUCACAGCCAGCUCCCGUGAAAAAGAAACGUCCUCCAGUCAAAGAGGAAGACCUCAAAGGGGCUAAAGGAAAGCUCUCUAGCAACCAGGAAAUCAAAUCCAAAACGUACCAAGUCAUGAAGCAGUGUGAGCAAGCUGGCUCCGCUGCGCCGUCCGUAUUCAGCCGAGACCGGACGGGAGGGGAAACAGUCUUCGAUAGGCCUAAAGAAGAGCCUGCAAAGAGUGUCUUUGGCUGAUGGCCAAGUUCAAGAUCUGCAAUGAAUAUUCAUGGUCUACUUAACCCCCCCUUAUUUUGCUUUUACAUACAUCAGUCUUAUUACGGCACUAUUAACUUAAUUCUUUUAAUUACUAAUUAAGAGAAUUUGCAUUGUAUGAUACUAUUGUUUUUUGUAACAUGGGGGGUGGGAUGAUUAGCUAUCCUGUGGAUGAUUCAAGUUGGGUAGUAGUUAUUGAGUGCAGGCUGAUCCAGUAAUGACCAAUUUUGUUACAUGAUUCUUCUCUUUAAAUUUGUGUUCCAGAACAGUGUCCCAAUUCCAAUUGUGAUUAUAAUUAUGUGGCAUAAAACCAAUAAAGCAUGGUGGCUUCGAGUUUGGCAAA